UCACUGGGAACAGAACCGGACUUGGGUCUCACUUUGCUCUGGGGUUUUUUUGCCGCAGGGAAAUGUUUGCUCGCCCACCCUUUUGAGGCAGACGAGAAGAAAGCCGACCCCUGCCACCAUCCCAAGCAGCGACAGCGGAGGAAACCCCGCGUUUUAUUCUCCCAAGCGCAGGUAUUUGAACUGGAACGGCGAUUUAAGCAACAGAAAUACCUCUCCGCUCCGGAAAGAGAGCACCUGGCCAGCAUGCUCAAGCUCACCUCCACACAGGUGAAAAUCUGGUUCCAAAACCGGAGGUACAAGUGCAAGAGGCAAAGGCAGGAUAAGUCCCUGGAGCUGGCUGCCCACCCGCUGCCCCCACGCAGGGUGGCAGUGCCCGUGCUGGUCAGGGACGGCAAACCCUGUCUGGGGGGGUCCCAGCCUUACCCAGCCCCGUACAGCAUCACCGCCAGCCCUUACUCCUAUAGCUCCUACUACAGUGCCUAUAGCAGCAGCCCCUAUGGUGGUGGCUACGGGGCGAACUACGCCAGGGUGCCCCCCAACACCGCCCCCAGCAGCCCUGCCAUGAACGUGAGCCUGGGCAUGGCCGGCGCCGCUCAGCACCAGCCCGCAUGCUUGCAAGCCACCGUGCAAGCGGGGAUCAGGGCUUGGUAGAUGGCCAUGGAGGUCCGGACCGCCUAAAAAGCGCCAAGGAAAGUCCCCCCCCCUCAGCUCCAGAGCCCAGGCUUCAUCGGGAUGGGAGCCGAAUCCGGAGGGUUUCUGCCACCCCGGACAGUGGGAUGACUGCGGAGCAUCCGUCCCCUCCAGGCAGCUCGUGUGGUCAUGUCCCUGCAAAGACAGGAGUGAGGGGGACGCUGCUGCUCCGGCACGGUGACUUUGGGGACCCAGCGACCGAGGGCACUUAUUUAUUUAAACACAAAUGUUUCGGGGUCUGGCCCUUCCCACUCCCAGGGGCUGUGCUCCUCCAGGAUGCCAGUGCACGGCCAUCAGGAGGGUACGAAUGCCGCUUUGCUUCCCAAGGACAACUGGAAAACAGGGUCUGUGCACACCACUUGUGCAUUCACUUUUUUAUGAACGCUAUUUAAUUCUCUGAGUUCCUCUAAUCUUUUGAGAUACAGUUCUGAUUUAUAUUCUUAAUACCUUCCCAGCACAGGUGUUCAUUUCUCUCUUUAUUAUUAUUAUUACUAUUAUUGGUAUUAUUAUUAUUAUUUGCAAAUAAAAAACAUUCUGGUGAAAUUGUAUGCUUUCCCUUGCUCACCAUUGCUCACUUUUUCCAUCCACAAUUUGCAUUUGAGCAUCAAAAUCUGAUCCAAAUUUAAAAAAAAAAAAAAAAAAACAAACAGAAAAACCCAAAAUAAAUCUUGAUUCUAAUAAUUAACCCAGGAAGCUAAUUGCCUUGGGGAGCUGCCAAGGUUUAACCCCCUCCCUAACUCUUGGCAAGUGUUUUCAGCGCUCUGUUGCUGUUUCCUUACUGGUACCAUGGGUUUGCAGGCGGAUGUGGGGCGGCUGCAAGGGGCAGCUCCGUAGCUUUGGGAUCAUGGGGGGGGGUUUGGUGUCGUCUGAAUUACACCAACGCCAGCGGUGCUGAACCAAGAGGUGCAGGGUCCCCGAAUCAGGAUCCAUUGGC